AUGGAACGCGUCCUAAACAUUUUAUUUUUUUUUUAUUUUAUUUGUGUACAUGUACUCGAGAUCGCCAGUUGUUUCUUGCAGUAAAUGCAGAAAAAUAAAGCAUUUUUGAGUGACGAAAAUUUCAAUAUCAUCUGCAAUUAAUUUCAAAAAUUAUGCAAAUGUUGCUUCAAGCGAUUGCACCGUUGUGCGCGUUUAUUAUAGUCUUACGAUCCGGAAGUUCCAGUUCUCAUCCCCAAACGGAUUCAACACACACACACAGCCAUCAUCACGUUCACGCUCCAAGGGAGCACGAUGUAGUCGAUGAGCGUGGGUCCGUUCGGCAUCAUAACUGGCAGCGCCAGGAAGUGAUGGACUCGAAUGGACUGUAUAUAUUGCAAUGGUGGAUCAUCGGCGAUGAGAUUCACUUUGCGGUUACGGUCAAUACGCAAGGAUUCAUAGGACUUGGAUUUUCCAAACAUGGAAAUAUGGCUAGCGCGGAUAUGGUGCUCCUAUGGGUUGAUGAUCGCACUGGAGAACGGAAUGCUUUGGAUUGCCAUGGAUCAACUCAUCAGCCGCAUGGAGCACCCCUGCAGGAUGAUACACAAAACUAUCAUGUUGUUGGUGGUUAUCAGAAUAAUACGCACACGCAUAUGGAAUUUAAGCGUCAAAUUGAAACAUGCGAUCCCUACGAUUUACCCUUCACUAGGGAUACUAUUAAAGUUCUUUGGUCGUAUGGGGACACCGAUCCCAUACAUGGCAGCUUAAAGGGUCACGGUCAGAAUCGUGGUGUCAAGUCCCUGCAUUUGUUGGCUCCCUUGUUUCACAAGCAUCCCAAUCAUGCACCUCACUCAACAGACAAGUCACCGGUGAAUAAAUGGGAUGUUACGGUCAAUAAUGUGACAAUCGAACCAUCGAUGGAUACCCUCUAUUGGUGCAAAAUUGUGCGGGCUCCAAAGCUGAACGAGAAGCAACAUAUCAUUGGCUAUGAGGCCUUAUUGACACGCUCUGGAAAGUCGCACAAGAAUCUGGUCCAUCAUAUGACCCUGUUUGAGUGCUCAGUUAAAUCCUUUCCUGGCUCUGAUCCCGCAUCAUGGGAUGUUUGGGUUAGAAGUUCUGGCACUGUAUGCAAUAGUAAUCUUUUGACGCCACGCGACUGGGAUUCCUGCUCUACUCCAGUGGCCGUCUGGUCAAUUGGAUCAACUGGACAGUUUCUACCUCAACAUGCUGGCAUACCCAUAGGCGGAUCGUCGGGUGCUACAUAUUACAUGCUCGAAAUUCACUACGAUAAUCCCAAUGAUAUACAUGCCAUCGAUCAUUCUGGUUUUCGAAUACAUUACACACAACAUCUACGCCCAAACGAUGCAGGAAUUUUUAUCAGUGGCGUAUCGGUUUCCGAUACUCAACUAAUACCACCCCAUCAAAAAUUGUUCCGUAAUGUUGGUAUUUGUGGGCCAGCAUGCUCUAGCGUGAUGUUUCCGGAUGAUGGUAUUAAAAUUGUAUCUGUUACAUUACAUUCGCAUCGCGCUGGUCGCAAAAUGAGUUUGCGCCAUAUUCGAAAUGGUCUGGAAUUGGAGCGCAUCAUCGAGGAUGAUAACUAUGAUUACAGAUAUCAACAAGUCCAUCAGUUGGCCAAUGAGACAGUCGUCUUGCCUGGUGAUUACAUCAUAACAGAUUGCGCCUAUGAGACACUGCAUCGCAAUCGUCCUACCUUUGGUGGAUAUUCCACCAAACAGGAAAUGUGUUUGUCAUUCAUCACAUAUUAUCCGAAAAUUGAUUUAUCUGGAUGCUAUAGCAUGACACCGGUGCGUGAAUUCUUCGAAAUGUUUGGAGUCCUUCAGUUCUAUUCGCUAAACAUGACAGAUGUUGAGAAUUUGUUUCUCUACAAUGGGAACCUUUUGGACUAUAUACCAAAUACGAUAUACGCCAAGACAAAGAAAAGUCACGCUAAUAUGAGCGCUGAGGAUAUACUUUACGAGGAGUCCUUAUUGAACAAAUUGCUUAUAUCAGAUCCUGUUGAAUUUCACGAUCGUUCUUUCAUGUCUCAUCUGAACCAAUUACCAUGGUCAGAGCCGCUAUUUACCAAACGUGUUGAACAGGCAAUGAUAACUGGAAAACAUAUGACCUUUUGUCGCAUCGCUAAUGAAUCUAUAUCAAUUCCCUCGGAGAUAAUACGUUAUCCAAAUUUUACAACAUUUGUUAAACAGCCCAGCUCUUGCCCCUAUCAUACAUUCAUUGAUAGCGCUCAAUUAAGUUCUCAGAGCUCCAAGAUGAUUCCAGUGGGUUUGCCCUUAUGGCUUUUAGUACUAAUACAGCUAAGAGAUUCGUAACCUUUAAGUACUUACAGCAUAUAGCACAUGGUGUUUUUGGUUUUUCAAAUUUGAUAUAUUUAAAAAAAAAAAAGUAAACGCUUUGAAAAUCAUUAAUUAAUCGACCAAAAAUAAUAAGUUACUAGUAAAAACUGACAAUCAUAUAUUAUAAGUAAAGUAUUAGUUCAGACCGAAAGACCCAAGAACAGCUAACAAAUCUAACUAUAUUGUAAGUAUGUACGUAUAAGCAUACACACAUACAUAGUCUGCUGAUCUCUUAUAUAAUUUUAAAUCAUCCUGCUUGAACUCCGUUUCUUAUGUAAUCAAACGAUGUGAAAUUGCAGGUGUUUUUCAUAACUAAACCUACAUUACUCCUCCUUCAUCACGAAGAAGUCUAGUUGUUACUUAAAUAAGUUUUGUUUGGUAAUCCAUUAUCAGGCGUAUGUUAGAGUCACUCUCUCAAGCGAUUCAGUACACAAAUUCAAAAUAAAAACACCAAAGUCUUGAGAUACAUUUGUUCGGCCAGAGUUGCUUAGUGGGAAAGCCAUUGUGUGUAAUUCCAAAGAUUUAGAAACCACCUUAUAAAAUAACUUAUUUUAAUCUUAAUUAUUGAUAUAAGCAUAUACAAAUAAAAUUUUAUACCUAUUGUAAAAUUGUAUUCUCAGAAUUAAAGCCAUUCAAAAUACAUUAUUUACAUUUUUCGAAAA